CGUAGAACACAAGUGCCUUCGUGGACUAUGAAAACAGGAGAUGCAGUCACAAUAUUUUUUGACAUUUCAAAUCGAAUGACAACAUGACAACGCUAGGUUUGAAUGAGAAGACAUUCUUAAUGGGCAAAACAAGUUUCCACAAAAUGUUAUAGAAUGGGUAAUUACGAGACCCACGAUUUGGCCCCUGUCAGAGAUGAUGAAAGGAAAGAACUUAAUUUGAGCAGGAAAGUAACAUACAAGCAGUUUUGUAAGCAUGUGAAAGGCGAUUUCAAUGAAGGAUGCCUGACGGAAAUCCCCUGGAAUAUAAGGGACUCCAUAUCUCUAUACGAGCGCAUGUCAGCUGCCUUCAAUGUAAUCACAGAAAUCCCCCCGGAGAUGCCCCUCCGACUUCCCCAUCUCCACACACUGGAUCUCAGUUACAACUUGCUGGAGACGUUACCCGAGAGUUUUGGACUCCAGUUCCAUCUAAAGACUCUGAUCCUACGCAAUAAUAAACUGAAGUCACUGCCUGAGUCUUUUGUGCAUCUAGUCAAGCUUGAAAAAGUAGAUUUGUCGAAUAAUUUGCUCAAGGAAUUACCCCAGGAUGUUGGUAAAAUGGAGGUGAUUCAGAAACUGAAUGUGUGUGGCAAUAAGUUGCGUCAGCUUCCACUGUCUCUUGGUGCUUCUACGACCCUCGUUUUACUAAUGGCUCAAAGGAACCGCCUCUAUGAACCCCCGCAAGCUAUCUGUGAUGAAGGGUCAGACGUGACCUUGACUUAUUUACGCAAGCUGUACAAAAACAGUCAACCGAUUCACCAAAAACGCCCCCUGACCCCAUUAAAUGAGUUUCCGCGUGUUCGAGGUAAUCAGCUUCAUAGCGCGGUCCCUAAUCCACACUCGGCUAACAUGCAAUACAUUCAGUCUCAGACGCACACGACCAACACCCCUAGCCGAAUCAAAACACCGCUCAUGCCUCCUCUGGGGUCCAGUUCUUUAGAGUCAGAUGUUCUUAAGGAUAGAGUUAUAGGUCUGUUGUAUGGGGCGGCCAUUGGAGAUGCCCUUGGACUUGCUACUCGGGGAAUGAGCAGGGACGAGUGUUCUUUCUACUACAACCAGGAUGACCUUGACUACUCACAGAUUCUACAGGACAAACACCGAGUUCUCUGGAGGGCGGGAGACUGGACGUCCAACUUUGACUCCAUGUUAUUGGUGCUGGAUUCCGUUUUGGCGUGGGCGGGUGUCGUGGAUGAAUUGGACUUUGCGAAGCGACUGAAGGACUGGUGUCAGCGGGGGUACCCAGAGUUGGGGGACAGUGAGGGGAUCAUUCUUAGCCCUACAAUAAAAAAGGUUACUGCUGAGACUGAUUUCACCCAGAGUCCCCAUUCUGUGGCCAACAGAAUCUACCUGCAAGAACUAAAUGCUGCGUCCAUGGAACUUAAUGGGCAUGUUUUUAGUGAGGACGAGAGGUCCAGCAUUAGCAGCAUCACUAGCAGCAUGAGCAGCAUAAGCAGUGACCUCAGCCCUGUGAAGCAGAGGCUAUGCAGUGUCAGUUCAGACCCAGAGUUUUGUGACGGUUGUGACCAGGCCUGUGUGGACAACGGGGCCAUUGUUAGAACCGCUAUACUAGGGGUGCCCUCCUUUUUUGACCUGGCCGAGGUACAGAAUAACACCAUACGGAUCUGUAAAGCCACCCACCCUAGUCCUCUCACCCAGACAGCCAGCUGUGUCAUCUCCCUCCUCAUCGCUUGUAUGCUGCAGGGAAAGAAUGAUUUGCAAACUUCCAAAGAAAUAGAGGAAAUCAUAACUUUAUCUCGUGAUCAGGGGAGGAAACUCUUGGUGACAACAGAAGAAAGGGCCGAUUUUGAAUAUUACUGUAGUUUGCAGGACCUGGACAGACUGGAUGUAUCGGAGUAUGGGAAGGCCUCGUACUGCAUGAAGCCUUUGGGAGCUGCCCUCAUAUGUCUGAGGUCACGACAAAGUUUCAAGGAUUGUAUGAUGAAGCUGAUCAUGGCCGCCGGCGACUCCAACAGUAACUGUUGUGUGGCGGGGGCAGUACUGGGGUGUAAGUUUGGAUUCUCUCACCUACCCAAACACUGGGUCCACGGACUGAGAAAGAAACAGACUGCCUGGCUUAAUGUCAAGGUCAACCUCUUGUUGGACAUGAUCGGGCUUCCAUGACCUUUGACCUUUGUUUUAUAAAGGUCAUUUAUGAUUAUCAUUGCAGUAGCUAUUUUGAACAGACGUUGCAUUCCUAAUGUACAUGUAGAUAUAUAAAGUGCAGAGUUUUAAUUAAAAUGGCAUUUUGUGAAAUCUUUCUGAUACCUGCUAGAGAUUUGACCUCUAGCUGUUUUAUAAGAUUAGACAUGAUGUCAGAACUGUAGAUUGUUUUAAAGAGCAUGCAAUAUUAACACUAGUUAUCCUUUUUUGAUACUUUUCUUGAAGAAUGCAUUACAAUGUUAUUAGCGUUUUAGCUUGUAUUUGUUGGGUUUUGUUUUGUAUGAAGUCUACUUUUUUAGUACUGCAAGGAUUUGUCUAUCUGUACAUGCUCUUUGGAUUUAAUAGAUGAGGCCACUUUGUUUUAAAGCUAUUGCAGCCAUAUUGUUUAUGGUAAAACUUUAUACUAUACUCUUGUUUUGGAGUCGAUUUGAUAAAGAUAUAAAUAUGAUACUCCAGAUUAAAUGCACAAAAAAAUUCCCAGUGAUGAUUUUUCAACACCGUUUCAAUAUAUAUUUUAUUAUAUUUCGUUUGUUCAUUUGUUAUACAUGGCUAGGGAUAUCCAAACAAAAUAUUGCAUACACAUCUGUAAACCUGGAAACACAACCAUCAACUAUUCAUGUAUGAAAAUAUAUACAUGUACCGCUAGAUAUGACUUUGUUUCUUGCUUACAUUUUGAAUAUCCUGUCAUUAAAAUGCAUUCAAAUUGGGGGGGGGGGCAUAUAUAAUGCAAACUCUAUUCUUUGAAUAGAAAAAGAUGCAAAAUCUGCAGAAGUAUUGCUUACUUUCUUUUAUACCUUUGACGUUAAGUAUAUUCCAUAUAUGUUAAUGAUAAACACAGGCAACUAAACUGUUACAUGACUGUAACAUUUGUUGGGGCAUGCGCACCACAUUUGCUUUCCUCAACUUUUAGGAAGGCCCUUUACUUUCUAGCUGAAUGUUGUGUUUUGAUCAUACAGUUGCAUUGCACAUAUUGGUGUAUAAUCUGUAAAUUUGGGGUAAAUAUUUACAAGUUUUGUAAUAACUAAUUAUAUAUUUGACAAAUUUGUUGUAAUACACUAUGUUAAUUACUUAUUUCAACAAAUAUAAACACCUUGGGGAAAACACUGUUACUUGUGCGUAGAAAUCAUCUCAAAGUUUUGACCACAUGAAAUAUGUAUCCGUAUUUACAGUAUCAAUUACACUUCUGUUUGUCUCAUGUAACAAAUCCAAUGUCAUUUAUUUAAUUUGUGAGAAAUAUGUUAAACUUUUUUGUACAAUGUGUAUUUUAAAACAAUGUUAUUUAAUUAGUAAGUUUUAACUGUUACCAUGACAUCAUUAUGCACACAGCGCUAUUUCUUCAUUGAUUCAGGAUGAUGUGCAAUUCCAAGUAUCUGAAUGUGCAAUCUGUUCACAGAAUCAUAAAUUAUUGAUAAAAUGUUACACAAAACAUU